CGCCCGCCCGUCCGCGCGUCCGUCUGUCUGCGCGUCCGUUUGUCCGCGCGUCCGCAGAUCGCGGCACAGACGCGCUCGGGGCCGAGAGCCGGGAAGCCAGGGCGCAGCGCGGGGCUCCGGGCCCUGAGAUCGCGGGACGGGACCCGGGCCGCAGUGGCUCGGGGUCGGGGCCGCCUCCGCCGGGCCGCGCCGCCGGAUUUGUAGCGGCCGAGGCCGUGCGCCCCUCCCGGGGCUGAUUCCAGGAGGCUCCCGGGCGGGGGCUGUGAUCCGAGGGCCGCGGGCUUGGAAGAAAAGGACGCGCGGCCCCCAGCGCCUCUCGGGCUGCCGCCUCGGAGCAUGACCCCCGCGGGCCGGCGCCGCGCGCUCUGAUCCGUCGGGACCCCGCGCUCCCGCAGCCAUGGGCGCAGGGGGCCGACGGGGGGCGGCGGCCGCGCCGCUCCUGGUGGCCGUGGCCGCGCUGCUGGUGGGCGCCGCGGGCCACCUGUACCCCGGAGAGGUGUGCCCCGGCAUGGAUAUCCGGAACAACCUCACGAGGCUGCACGAGCUGGCCAACUGCUCCGUCAUUGAAGGACACUUGCAGAUUCUGUUGAUGUUUAAAACGAGGCCUGAGGAUUUCCGAGACCUCAGUUUCCCCAAACUCAUCAUGAUCACUGAUUACUUGCUGCUCUUCCGGGUGUACGGGCUGGAGAGCCUGAAGGACCUGUUCCCCAACCUCACGGUCAUCCGGGGCUCUCGCCUCUUCUUCAACUACGCGCUGGUCAUCUUCGAGAUGGUUCACCUGAAGGAGCUUGGCCUCUACAACCUGAUGAACAUCACCCGCGGCUCCGUGCGCAUCGAGAAGAACAACGAGCUGUGCUACCUGGCCACCAUUGACUGGUCGCGCAUUCUGGACUCGGUGGAAGAUAAUUACAUCGUGCUUAACAAGGACGACAAUGAGGAGUGCGGGGACAUUUGUCCAGGCACCGCCAAGGGCAAGACCAACUGCCCCGCUACUGUCAUCAACGGACAGUUUGUUGAGCGGUGCUGGACGCACAGCCAUUGCCAGAAAGUUUGCCCGACCAUCUGUAAGUCACAUGGCUGCACCGCGGACGGCCUUUGCUGCCACAGCGAGUGUUUAGGCAACUGCUCUGAGCCCGACGACCCCACCAAGUGCGUGGCCUGCCGCAACUUCUACCUGGACGGCAGGUGUGUGGAGACCUGCCCGCCCCCGUACUAUCACUUCCAAGACUGGCGCUGUGUGAACUUCAGCUUCUGCCAGGACCUGCACAACAAAUGCAAGAACUCCCGAAGGCAGGGCUGCCAUCAGUACGUCAUUCACAAUAACAAGUGCAUCCCUGAGUGUCCCUCUGGGUACACGAUGAAUUCCAGCAACUUGAUGUGUACCCCAUGCCUGGGUCCCUGUCCCAAGGUGUGCCACCUCCUGGAAGGCGAGAAGACCAUCGACUCGGUGACGUCCGCCCAGGAGCUCCGAGGCUGCACGGUCAUCAACGGGAGCCUGAUCAUCAACAUCCGAGGGGGCAACAACCUGGCAGCUGAGCUAGAGGCCAACCUCGGACUCAUUGAAGAAAUUUCAGGGUAUCUGAAAAUCCGCCGGUCCUACGCUCUUGUGUCGCUUUCCUUCUUCCGGAAGUUACGCCUAAUUCGGGGAGAGACCUUGGAAAUCGGGAACUACUCAUUCUACGCCUUGGACAACCAGAACCUGAGGCAGCUAUGGGACUGGAGCAAGCACAACCUCACCAUCACUCAGGGGAAACUCUUCUUCCACUAUAAUCCCAAACUCUGCUUGUCGGAAAUUCACAAGAUGGAGGAAGUUUCAGGAACCAAAGGGCGCCAGGAGAGGAACGACAUCGCCCUGAAGACCAACGGGGACCAGGCGUCCUGUGAAAAUGAGUUACUUACAUUUUCUCACAUUCGGACAUCUUCUGACAAGAUCUUGCUGAAAUGGGAGCCGUAUUGGCCCCCCGACUUCCGAGACCUCUUGGGCUUCAUGCUCUUCUAUAAAGAGGCCCCUUAUCAGAACGUGACGGAGUUCGAUGGGCAGGAUGCGUGUGGCUCCAACAGCUGGACGGUAGUGGACAUUGACCCACCUCUGAGGUCCAACGACCCCAAGUCACAGAACCACCCUGGGUGGCUGAUGCGAGGUCUCAAACCCUGGACCCAGUACGCCAUCUUUGUCAAGACCUUGGUCACCUUUUCUGAUGAACGCCGGACAUACGGGGCCAAGAGCGACAUCAUCUAUGUCCAGACAAAUGCCACGAACCCGUCUGUCCCCCUGGAUCCCAUCUCCGUUUCUAAUUCCUCGUCCCAGAUUAUUCUGAAGUGGAAGCCCCCCUCUGACCCCAAUGGGAACAUCACACACUACCUGGUUUUCUGGGAGAGGCAGGAGGAAGACAGCGAGCUGUACGAGUUGGAUUAUUGCCUCAAAGGCUUGAAGCUGCCCUCCAGGACCUGGUCUCCACCGUUUGAGUCUGAGGGGUCCCAGAAGCACAAUCAGAGUGAGUACGAGGAGUCUGCCGGCGAAUGCUGCUCCUGCCCGAAGACCGACUCCCAGAUCCUGAAGGAGCUGGAGGAGUCCUCGUUCAGGAAGACGUUCGAGGACUAUCUGCACAAUGUGGUUUUUGUCCCCAGAAAAUCCUCUUCAGGCCCUGGUGCCGAGGACACUAGACCGUCUCGGAAACGCAGGGCGCUUGCUGAUGUCGGGAAUGUGACGGUGGCCGUGCCCACGGUUCCGGGUUUCCCUAAUACCUCCUCCACCAGCACGCCCACGAGCUCAGAGGAGCGCAGACCCUUCGAGAAAGUGGUGAACAAGGAGUCGCUGGUCAUCUCCGGCCUGCGCCAUUUUACCGGCUAUCGCAUCGAGCUUCAGGCUUGCAACCAAGAUUCCCCCGAAGAGAGGUGCAGUGUGGCUGCCUAUGUCAGUGCCAGGACCAUGCCCGAAGCCAAGGCGGACGACAUCGUUGGCCCCGUGACUCACGAAAUCUUCGAGAACAAUGUCGUUCACUUGAUGUGGCAGGAGCCCAAAGAACCCAACGGUCUGAUCGUGCUGUACGAAGUGAGUUAUCGACGAUACGGCGAUGAGGAGCUGCAUCUCUGUGUGUCUCGCAGACAUUUUGCCCUGGAGCGGGGCUGCCGGCUGCGCGGGCUGCCACCGGGGAACUACAGUGUGCGAGUGCGGGCCACCUCCCUGGCAGGCAAUGGCUCCUGGACCGAAGCCACUUAUUUCUACGUGACAGACUAUUUAGACGUCCCAUCAAAUAUUGCAAAAAUCAUCAUCGGCCCCCUCAUCUUUGUCUUUCUCUUCAGUGUGGUCAUUGGAAGCAUUUACCUCUUCUUGAGAAAGAGGCAGCCGGAUGGGCCCCUGGGACCGCUGUACGCUUCCUCAAACCCUGAGUACCUCAGCGCCAGUGAUGUGUUUCCCUGCUCUGUGUACGUGCCGGACGAGUGGGAGGUGCCUCGGGAGAAGAUCACCCUCCUGCGGGAGCUGGGGCAGGGCUCCUUCGGCAUGGUGUAUGAAGGCAAUGCCAGGGACAUCGUCAAGGGCGAGGCGGAGACCCGCGUGGCGGUGAAGACGGUCAACGAGUCUGCCAGUCUGCGAGAGAGGAUCGAGUUUCUCAACGAGGCCUCAGUCAUGAAGGGCUUCACCUGCCAUCAUGUGGUCCGCCUCCUGGGGGUGGUAUCGAAAGGCCAGCCAACGCUGGUGGUGAUGGAGUUGAUGGCUCACGGAGACCUGAAGAGCUACCUCCGUUCCCUGCGGCCGGAGGCUGAGAAUAACCCUGGUCGCCCUCCCCCUACCCUGCAAGAGAUGGUUCAGAUGGCGGCGGAGAUCGCCGACGGGAUGGCGUACCUGAACGCUAAGAAGUUUGUGCACCGGGACCUGGCAGCUCGAAACUGCAUGGUCGCCCACGAUUUUACCGUCAAAAUCGGAGACUUUGGAAUGACCAGAGACAUCUACGAAACGGAUUACUACCGGAAAGGAGGCAAGGGGCUGCUCCCUGUGAGGUGGAUGGCUCCUGAAUCCCUGAAGGACGGGGUCUUUACUACUUCUUCUGACAUGUGGUCCUUUGGCGUGGUCCUUUGGGAAAUCACCAGCUUGGCAGAACAGCCUUACCAAGGCCUGUCUAAUGAGCAGGUGUUGAAAUUUGUCAUGGAUGGAGGGUAUCUGGAUCAACCCGACAAUUGUCCCGAGAGAGUCACCGACCUGAUGCGUAUGUGCUGGCAGUUCAACCCCAAGAUGCGGCCGACCUUCCUGGAGAUCGUCGACCUGCUCAAGGAUGACCUGCACCCCAGCUUUCCAGAAGUUUCCUUCUUCCACAGCGAGGAGAACAAGGCCCCCGAGAGCGAGGAGCUGGAGAUGGAGUUUGAGGACAUGGAGAAUGUCCCCCUGGAUCGGUCCUCACAUUCCCAGAGGGAGGAGGCCGGGGGCCGGGAUGCAGGGUCCUCUCUGGGUCUAAAGCGGAACUAUGAGGAACACAUCCCGUACACUCACAUGAACGGGGGCAAGAAAAACGGGCGGAUUCUGACUCUGCCGAGGUCAAAUCCUUCCUAACGACGGCGCCUGUUCUGGAGAGCGUUCCCCGUCUUCACUUUCCUCUGGUUUGAAGGCCUCCAAAAACCUCAGGAUUCGCACACGAAUCUGCCACAGUGUCAAGUGGAGCUCAGAGAUCACGACUUUCCAUUUCUGCUCAUCUUAUGACUUAAAACACAUUUGUUUGAUUGCCAAUUGACUAGUCGUUGGAGAAUUUAACUGUGAACAUAGAGGGGAAGGGGUUUUGGUGGCUGCUGUCCUUUUGGGCAACUGCUGUUUCAAGCCAGGAUGUUAUUAUUAUUUUUUUUCCCUAGUAGGUUGAAAGAAAGCACCUGUUUUUACAAAGAUUUUUUUUUUUUUUGCUGGUGUCUGAGCUACAGUAUAAAACAUAAAACUUGUUUGUGGAACAAAAGUUUGCAAGAAAGAAAGAAAAAAAGCUGUUCCAGUAGAAUUCCAAGCUUCACGGAGUGGGCAUCAGGAAGGUUUUCUCAUCCAGGCUGAAGGAUUGUUUUUCUUUUCCUUCACAAAAUCAGUUCCUCAAAUUGACCAAUAGCUGCUGCUUUUGUACUUUUGAUAAGGAUCUGCAGUCCCGGUGUGUGGCUCACGUGUGUGCGCGUGCGAGUGUGUGUCCAGGUUAGACAGGGCUGGUGUGUACGUGUGCAGAGCAUUCAUGCCGAGUUGACGCUUUGGGGAUCGGCUCAUGAAGGUCUCGCUCUUCUCGAGUGUGUGAGCUCCUGAUCCCACCCCCGCCUCCUUCCUUCUUAUUUACUGGGAGACUGUGCCCUCGACCGAUUCUUCUUGUGUCCCAGAUCUAGCCUCAGGAGUCUUCUCUUCCUUAACUUUGGUGACAAAUGUUUGUCCGGGAGCCAAGGGAGUAGUUUGGAGUGAUAAUGGAUCUUUUCAAGACCAAACAAAGCCAGGACAUGAAAAUGAAAAAAAAAAAAAAAAAAGAAGAAGAAGAACUGAAAUGAUGAAGAGUUUUGAGAAUAUAUUUGUAACAUAUUUAAUUUUUAAAAAAUCUCCAGCAUCAGCCUCAUAAGUUAUUGACUGUUUCCCGGGGUGGGGGGAGGGCUUAUGGGUUAGUUUGCUUGUGCGUGGUGGCGGUGAGGGGGCGCGGUGUGGGGAGCAAGGCACCAGUGACCAAUUUGUUUGGUCUGAAAGGCAUCCAUUUUUUGCUGGGAAUAAAGCCACAUUAGCUGCUAACCCUUUUGGACGUCGUGAGGCCACGCUGAGGGUGUGGGCGACUGGGUUUGCUGGAUAGUUUGGUUUCUGCUGGGGUAAGCUGGCAGCCACCUGGAGGGGAGCCCUGCCUUCAAACACACUUGUGGCUCUCUGAUCUUCUGGUUCCCUGUGUGUACCUCGCAUGCUUCCUCAACUGGGUGUGCACGUCCUACAGUAAUUGUGCAAACACAACAAAAGUCAGACCCUAAAGUGUGACCGCACCGAAGGACUUUGAGAACACUAAGCAAUAUGAAGUGAGAUGCACCUGUCGGUCCCCUCCGCCCUCAGGGCAUCCGACUGUCCUCAGAACUGACCUCCCAGAAGCUGCUCCGCGCCCGGUGGCCUCAGCUGGGCCAGUCGUGGGGCCUGAGCAGAACUCUCAGGUGCUUAUGGUGUUGCCAUCCCUAAGAGAGUCGAGUCUGGAGGAGAAACCGCUAAAGGCCAUCACGCUACGGAGAACUUCCCAACGGGCAUGAGUCCACAGUUUCUUCCCUUUGGGGAAACAGCCACAGCUGCUCAAAUAAAGAACACGGUGAACUCAGCACUUUGGUUCAUCAAAAUCAUCACCCACGGGUUAUCUCUGAGUGCAUUUUCUCAAAAGUUUUUGAUUGCUUCCUUCUCCUCUUCUUGUCUUAAGAGUUGUGGGCUUCAGGAUGGGACAGAGAUGCAACCGUGACCCCCCAAGCCUUCUCAAUUUUUGAUUAAGAACCCAGGUAGACACAAAUCCCAAUGGCCUAUGGCUAUCUUAUUUAUAUGAUUUGGGAAAUUACAGCAUGUAAAAUAUUUCUGGGGAGCCUCAGUAAUAGGGUACAAGGAGCGAGAGUAAAGCAAUUAUUUUCGCCAAAUUUAUUUUGUACAUAGAAGAGGGUCUGUACGUAAAUUAAGAAACACGUAGUACUAGGUAUUUUGUUCUUUUCGUAGGAAAUUUGUAGUGGCCAUAUACCACACUAGCAGCAAUUUUCACAUUUUUUCUAAUUCAGAAAGGUUUUCUUAUAUUAGGGGGAAAAUUAUUUAUUUUAAUAUAUAAAAAAUCACUGUAAAAAUCACUUUCAUAAAAAACAGAGCGCAUGUAAAUUUUUAUCAAAGAAAAAUAAGCAGGAGGAUGUGGGAUAAUGAUUUUUUUUUUUCCAGCACAGCCUACCUCAGUGUAUCGUUAGGAUUUGGUUCAAUAACGGACAUCUUCGAGACUUCAGAAUUCUGCCUGGAUCCGAUCUGAAUCAGGGAAAAAUCCAUAUCAGCUGAUUCUGAAUGCCAGGGACCAGUAAGAAUUUUGAGGGAGGGAGUUGGGAUAAAAUAUGGCCUUCGUGUGAGCAUAGAUCCUUUUUCUGGCUGAUAAUAUGCUUCUCUGCAUUUAAUCUUCCUUUCUUUUUUUUUUUUUUUUUUUUUUUUGAUCCUCCAUCCGUUGGCACCAUGCUCCCCAAACAUGAACCUAGUUCCAGGCCAUCAUGAUGUAUCGGAGGUGAGGGCAUUCAGACCUGAGUUACUCUCCUUCGGUGGGAGUGGAUUUAUCAUUGCCUGCUGGGGCAAAGACAGGCUUUGGGGCAGAGCCAGCAUCCCCACUGUCCUUCCCCCUCCACCCCACUGAAGUGAGCACCAAGGUGCCCUGGGCUCUCCAUGGUUUAUUCUCACCCCUUUCAGACUCAGAUCCUUUUUUAGGGGGUGGAACAAACCACACUCAUGGGAACCUCACACACAAACACCCCAUGCAGUGUCUUCUUUUAUUCUUCAAGUGGGAGGAGCGUAUGUUGAGAAAUCUCAGUCCCCAAAUCCACCACUGUACUGGAUGCAUUUUUUUAGCAACAAAACCUUAGACCCCAGUGUUGCGGUUUAGUUGACUUUAAGCUAAUACUGGUUGACCUUGUGGGGCUUUGAGAACCUGUGUGUAAGUCUGGGCAGGGCCAACAAGGCUAUUGUCAUAUUCGGCAAGCCUUUGUCAUACUUUCACCACGGCUCCUGCAGGAUCUCCUUUCUCCACUUGCCCUGGAGACGUACCUAGAGUACCGGACCCGCCCUGUGUAAAUGGGAUUUCACUGAUUUCAUUUAGCUGUCUCUGCUGCUGCUGUGAAAAGGGCAAGUGGCCGUUGGGUUAUCAGCCUCGUUUUGCAACAGAUGAUGUUUCCUGUGCAACAACAGAACUUUGGUCUGAGGAAAUCAUGGUUGUCCUGGGGGGUUGUAAUGAUGGGUUACAAAAAAAAGCAACAAAGCCAGCUUAGGUUGAUGCUUUUUGUUGUUUGUUUUUGAAGAUGUCUCACUAUUAUUAAAACCUUUUUUCAUUAAUGCGGCGAAAUCUGCAUAGUAGUUUCUUCUUCUGGGAGGAGAAUACCAAACGUGUUACUUUUUCCCUGGACCAGUGAUGUCAAACACACGUCUGGAAAUGUUUGUAUUCUGAGAGCUGUUCUGGGUGCUUUUCUGUCAUUUUAAGCUAGUAGAAAGAGAGACAUGCUGCUGGUUCUCUGGAUAGGCAUUGAGCACAACUGAGAGAAAAUGUGGGAGUUGAUGCAAGGGUCUGCACAUACAAUCCAUGACCACUGGAGCCUGCCACCAACUGAUGGACAGAUCUUCCACUGUCUCCCACCAGAGCAGAUGGUCCUCCAUAAGUGUGCUUGUUGGGUUGGGAGGUGUUUAUUUGUAGCUGUCCUAGCAUUGCUCAGUGGGCAGGAAUGCCAUCAGAACAUGGCCCAUGCUAGCCAUCUGAGUGAUUGGAUGUGCUGUAGUCCCACCGGCAAUCAUUUUUCUACUUUGUGGUGGGUGGAAGUUGGGGUUAAAUGCCUUUUGGAUGCCUCUUGGUGAGUCCUUGACACCUCAGGCUAUUCAGAAAUUAUGGUUUGGUUGGGGGUGGGGAAUGGGGAAAUGCUGAUCUUAUAUAAACGGUACUUGUAGAAUGGUGCCCCUUCAGAAAUCCUUCUGGAAUGUUCUUCAGAAUAUUGCUUUACACCAGAGGUAAGGUUGGGGAUGGAAAGAGCAGAGGAGCGUUUGUUCUCUCAAAACACACGAAAGAAUGUGCUGGACUUUCGGGGGCUGCCGGUGAAGGCGAAUGUUUCCUUAGGGUUCUCCCAGAAACAGAGGGAAACAAUGACUUUUUGAGUUCGCUGUCACCUUCUGAUGCCAGUCAAGGUCCGGAACCAGCCUCCAGCUGAAUUUUUAUUUGGGUAUGGGCCCUACAAACCAGCUUGUGAAUCGGAGGCUCUUGGUCCCAUUUGAGAAGGAAGGAAUAGUACCCCCCACCCCCAAUACAUGUGCGUCCACGUUCAUAUUCAGGAAUGGCUUGCUUAGACUUCUGACUCUCUGUGCCUGGGUGGGCUCAGCCCCUCGUGUCAGCAGCAGACACCUCCCGUCCGCCGUCAGCCGUGCAGGAUCAAAAGUGCCUCGGCUUUUGCGGAAAACAACUCGGAAACACAAAACCCACUGAAAGCUCAAUUAUUAUUUUUUCAAUGUUUUCCUACAAGAGCCAAGUAGCGCCAUGUACAGAAUAUGCCUUUUUGUUUGUUUGUUUGGAAUAUCGAAAUUGCUCUGCAUGUAAAAUAUGGGAUAAUUACCUGUUUAUAUUGAAAUUCUGAAUAAAUUAUCUGAGAAUA